UUUGAUAAAUCUAGUUGCCGAUGUGAACUUUUGGUCCUCUAAUUGUUGCAGAGAGAAGAUAGAAGGGAACGGGGAAGAGACCAACACGUUCCAUGUGCAGUGGUUCUAAGAGGAAAGUAUCUGGCCCUGGGUUUGUCAUGGAGGGAGAAGAAUCUCAGAGGCAAAAGGAUGGGUUCCUUUCUAAGAGCUCGAUUUCUAUUUUGCUCGAAGCAUCGGCCUUGGAUGAUCUGAUUACUUUCAGGAAUUCUGUGGAAGAAAACGGUUGCGAUGUAGAUGAGACCAGUUUCUGGUAUGGAAGGUGUGUUGGAUCAAAGAAGAUGGGGUUUGAAGAGAGAACUCCACUGAUGAUCGCUGCGAUGUUCGGAAGUACAGAAGUUUUGACAUAUAUCAUUGAAACAGGCCGUGUUGAUGUCAACAGGGCUUGUGGUACCGAUGGUGUUACUGCCCUACACUGUGCUGUUGCUGGUGGUUCUGCUGCUUCGCCUGAAGUUGUCAAGCAAUUGCUUGAUGCAUCUGCCGAUGCUAAUUCCCUUGAUGCAAAUGGGAAUCGCCCCGGCGACCUAAUCCCUCCGGUUUUGAAGUCCUCCUAUAAUUCAAGGAAGAAAGCGUUGGAGAUGAUGUUGGAAGGCACUGGCAGUGUUGAGGAAGGAUGGGUUUCUUCUGACGAGACUGAUGAGCAAAAGGAAGAACAGCAACAACAGUUGCAGACGCCCCUAGCUCCAAAAGAUAAAGAUCAGACUGAGAAGAAAGAGUACCCAAUUGACCUAUCCCUCCCAGACAUAAAGAAUGGGAUAUAUGGGACUGAUGAGUUUAGGAUGUACACCUUCAAGGUGAAGCCUUGCUCGAGGGCUUAUUCCCAUGACUGGACUGAGUGUCCAUUUGUCCAUCCAGGGGAGAACGCAAGGCGCCGUGACCCAAGAAAGUAUCACUACAGCUGCGUCCCAUGCCCGGAGUUCCGCAAGGGGUCUUGCCGGCAGGGGGAUGCCUGUGAAUAUGCGCACGGUGUGUUUGAGUGCUGGCUCCAUCCAGCACAGUAUCGGACCAGGCUUUGCAAGGAUGAAACUGCGUGCAACCGAAGGGUCUGUUUCUUUGCUCACAAGCCUGAGGAGCUACGACCCUUGUAUGCAUCGACGGGGUCAGCGGUGCCAUCACCGAGGUCGUCUGGCUCCUGCAUUUCUUCCAUGGACAUGGGAUCAAUGAGCCCAAUGGCACUUGGUUGUCCAUCUGUCCUGGUGCAUCCCACAUCCACACCACCAAUGUCACCAUCUGCAGCUUGUUCUUCUCCCAUGAGGGGUGCACUGUGGCAGAACCAACCUAGUCUUGUGCCACCAACCAUGCAGCUCCCUGGGAGCCGAUUGAAGACUACAAUGAGUGCCAGAGAUUUGGAUUUGGAGCUAGAAUUGCUUGCGUUAGAGGGUCAGCGUUCGCAGCAGCAGAAACAAUUGAUGGAUGAUCUGCCUACCCUGUCUGCUCAAUCCAGCUGGAACAAUGCCUUGGCCACUGCAGCAGCCUUAGCUGCAUCAUCUGGUUGUCGAACCACGGAGUACAGUCAACUUGGUGUGGUGAAUCCUACUAAUCUUGAUGAUGUUUUUGGAUCUCUUGAUCCUGCAAUAUUGUCUCAAUUACAUGGGCUGUCGCUGCAAGCUGCUAGUUCUCCACCAUUGCAAUCUCCAUCUGCACUCCAGAUGCGCCCGAACAUGAACCAGCAGCUCCGUUCUAGCUAUUCCUCCAACUUGCCUUCUUCUCCAGUGAGGACGGUGUCGCCAUUUGGGUUUGACCCAUCUGCAACAGCGGCAGCCACAGCUGCUGUAAUGAAUUCGAGAUCAGCUGCUUUUGCAAAGCGAAGCCAGAGUUUCAUUGAUCGGAGUCCAGUUAGUCGUCAUGCAGGGCUGUCUACCGCUGCAAAUCCAAUGUCAACUCUUUCUGAUUGGGGUUCACCAGGUGGGAAGUUGGACUGGGGUGUUCAAGGAGAGGAACUCAACAAGCUGAGGAAGUCAGCAUCGUUUGGCUUCAGAAACGGUAGUACCAACAACAGUGUGGCUACGGGUGCAGCCUCAAUGGCUCCCGCAGUUGAUGAGCCAGACUUGUCAUGGGUGGAGCCUAUGGUGAAAGAUCCCCAGUCUGUGGGAGCGGAUGCAUUUGAUUUGAAUCAGCAGCAGCAGUAUCAUCUCAACAACGGGGGUUCUGAGAUGCCCUCUCCCUGGGUGGAGCAACUGUACAUGGAUCAGGAGCAGAUGGUCGUGUAUUGAAUAUUGGCGGCCAAAUCUGCCGCUAGUGAGACUUGACAAGUUCCUUCUACUCUUUUUUUGGUUUGAUUUUUUAUUAAUAUUCGUUACAUGGCGG